GUCCGACCGACCUCCCCAUCCGUCCUCUCGCGGCGAACACUCGCUCCUCGUCGGCCUGGAUGCUGCUGGAAGCCCCGUCGGGUCUCUACCUGGAAGCUUUUCUCCGCGGCGUUCCGCGGUUCUCCCCGCCGGUUUGAGUGCGAGGCAGCGGGGCUGGGGGAUGGAGGCUGAGUCCGGGCUGUGAGCAGACUGGUUUUAGGGGGUGGUGGAGGUGUGGGGGUCGGUGUGUGAAGCCCCAGGCCCUGCUUUGCUUUGUUAUCCUGGGCUCCGUGUAGCGGCCGCGCUCCCGGCUUUCUCACCGUGUGUUCGAGGCUGUUUCUCGGGUUCAGCAUGAAGUCUUGGUCCUGAGACGCUGGAGGAGUUUUUGGCAGAGGGGGGAACGCUCAUGGACAGUUUAGUCCUCUUUUUCUGCGGCGAGCUUUUCUACUGAGGCUUUUUCUGAAGGACUCUAGAUUCAUUUCUGAUUUGUCUCUUUGGCUUUUGGUCCUGGUUCCUCUCGUCCGUCUGUCUUUGUGUCCCUCGGUCUGUCCCUCCAUCUCUGUAUUCACCCCCCUGUCUUCUUCACCUCCAUCUGUCUCUCUGAGUCCAUCCCUCCAUCUGUAUAUUUCUCCCUCCCACCGCCCUCCAUCAUGGCUCCAGUGUGCCGGAUCUCCUGGUCCUGCUGCCUGCUGGUUCUGCUGGUUCUCCCCGCCGUCCGCAGCUCGUUCCCCCGGAGCGGGGGCAGCAGCAGCGCGGACUGCGGCCCCGGGAAGGCCGCCGACUGCCCAGAUCUAUCAGAGAAGAAGAGCGACCUGCGGGUGUGCGACGCCGGGACGUGUCGCUUCGGAGGAACCUGUCGCGAGAACGGAGCCGAUAUCAAGUGUGUCUGCCAGUUCCACUGUCAUAAGAAGUACGUCCCCGUGUGCGGGUCCAACGGAGACACGUACCAGAACGAGUGUUUCCUGAGAAGAGCCGCCUGCAAGAAGCAGAGAGCCAUCAGCAUCCUGUCAGAGGGACCCUGCUACCAUGACGGCGGUUCAGGAUCUGGUGAUGGAGAUGAUGAAGGCUCCGGUCGUGGAAAAAAGGCUUCGAAAUGUGGAAACUGCAAGUUUGGAGCCGAGUGUGAUGAAGACUCCGAAGAUAUGCUCUGCAUGUGUAACAUCGUGUGUAACGGCCACAACGACAACCCGGUGUGCGGCAGCGACGGCGUCACCUACGACACGCCGUGCCACGUCCGGGAGGCGUCCUGCCUCAAACAGCUGAAGAUCGACAUCAAACACGUGGGACGUUGUCAAGAUAAAAGCAGGAAGGACGACAGCAUCAGGACCAAACCGGACAUCUAUGCUGUGUCCAAGCCUGGUGAGGGGGAGGGAUUUGUGGACAGCCCCGCCCCCUGUCCAGAAGACUACGCCCAGUUCUGUGAACAUGGCCAAUGUGAGAUGAGACACAACCUGCCCACCUGCAGGUGUGAGGCGGCGUACGGCGGUCCUCAGUGUGAUCAGCUCCUGGACUUUAACAUCCUGUACGUGGUGCCCAGCGGUCAGAAGCUGCACUACGUCCUCAUCGCCGCCAUCAUCGGAGCCGUUCAGAUCGCCGUCAUCGUCGCCGUGGUCAUGUGCUUCACCAGGAGGUGCAAUAAGACGAAGCGUGGGCGGAGGCAGAAGCAGCACCUCGGUCACUUCCCGUCGGGAACGUCCUCCAGGAUGAUGUAGCUGCUCUCCUUUUCUUCUCUCAUGUUUUUAUGAAAUACAGGAAGUCUAAAUUUUUCGUACCACACAGACAGACUGCAUUUUUGAUAGCUCGACUUUUUGGUGCCUCUUUUUUUCCCUUUUUUAAAAUAUUUUUUGAAUUUCUUCAGGGGCCUUAUUUCUCCUCCAGGUUUGAUUUGGUUUUUCUGUCCGGGCGGUUUCGUCCGCAGAUGGUUUCCUGUUUUCUGGCCGGCGGAGCAGAGACGUUCAGUUUGCUGCCGUCCUCUCGGACUCUGAAACUCUGCGGAUCCUCCGGCAGGAAACGUUAUUUAUCUGAUUGUAUCUUCACUUUGGACCGUCCACACACGAACUGGAAAACCACAGAUUGUCUCUUUGUGUUUUAACCCCCUGAGACGCAGAUCGAUGCUGUUUCUGUGCUUUUAUUUGAAAGGAAUAUUAAAUAUUUUUAGCUCUGUUUGUGUGGUGUAUAAGUAACCCAGUAACACUUCAUGUGGAUGUUUAAAUACCACUGAAUUCAUGGCACUGACAUGUUGGGUGAAUGUUUGGGGUUUGACUUUUUUGUAGGAUUAAGAAAACUAAACUCAGUUUGAUAAAAUUCUGCUGUAAAAAACUGAAAAUAUUUUUUUCAGGAAGUUGGAUUUGAAGGUAAAAUGUGUAAGAAGUCAGAAAUUCUGUGGUAUUCAAACUUCAACUUAAAGUGUGUACUAGUGGGUAAAUAUCACCACGAGGUAUUCAGUUGUUUAUGAGAUGGAAAUUAUUAUGGUCUGUUCAUGAAUCAAAUUCAAAACGCAGCAUCAAACCACAGAUUUGGUUGAUUUUUCUGUGUUCUAACUUUUUACAGCGUACAGUGUCCACAUGGUCUUCAGCCUGGGGAGUUAAAGAUGUUUAGUAUAAAACUUUCCUUCCUCCUGUUUCCUUUGUGUUAUAACAGCUGUAAUACUCCGGGGGGCGCUCUGCACCUGGACUACAGGUUUCCAGGGACCACAGGGACCCUCUUGGGUAUUGUUGCUGAGGUCAACUCACUUCUGACGGGUUGUUUCCUGUUUUGCUGCGUCUCACAGGGUCAAAAAAACUUUUCACGGUACUCAGAUAAACUUUAUUUGACUUUUUUUUUGUAUUUGUUACGAUGAGACGCACCUGAAAACCAAAAUGCUGUUUUUUCUACUGCUUAAAAGAUGAAAAGGUACAAGCUGACAUGUACAGGUUGUUGUUAGAACUGUUUUAUUGCCUAAUUUUCAGAUGAGGCCAUUCCGGAAAUGGAUUCCAGUGUUUUCUUUGUGUGUUUCGACAAGCUGAUGCUAAUUUAAAUGUUUUUGUUUUUCUGGUCGAGUUUUUUUUCUUUUUUAUAUAAUUUGUAAGGAUGGUACGAAGUGUCCGUGUUGGUCGUCUCAUUGUGGUAGAAGGAGUAGACUCAAUAAGCGGGGAGGUUCCUGAAGUAUCGCUGCACUGAGAUCAGAUUUGACUCUUGGAAGCGGUCGUGAAGCUGCGUCUCGGUCUCUGAUGCCUGCAGGAAUCCAGCCUGAUUUUACUGUAGAUGUUGCAUGAACCCGUGAAGCUGUUGUUUAGA